AUGUCAGAAAGUGACGGAAUUCAAGAGGAAUUAAGUGAUAACAAGCCUAAUGAGAUUGACCCCCGGAGUGUGUUUGUGGGGAGCGUGGACUAUGGCUCUAAGCCCGACGAGCUAAAGGAGGUGUUUGCGGCGUGCGGCGAGGUGACUAGGGUGACGAUUUUGUCUGAUCCGCGUACGGGAAGACCCAGAGGUUAUGCGUAUGUGGAAUUCAAGUCUCAGGAAGGUACUCAGGCAGCAUUGAAGCUAAAUGGAACUUUAUUUCGUGAUCGUGAACUGCGCGUUGUCCCAAAGAGAGCGAAUGUGCCUGGCCUGGGCAGAAACCGUGGAAGAUUCAAACGUGGAAGGGGCAGGAUCCCCAUGAAUCCACACCCGAAAACCAAGAUUCCAGUUGCCGAGACGGUGGAGUAA